AUGAUCUGUGCAUUGAGUCUCGUGCUUGUUUUGGCAGUCUCCUUUGGAGAGAUGGCCGAAGUCACCGACCUGACCGAGGAAUGGCUCCCAGUUGUUAAUGGAAUAUAUAAUCAAUGGGAUAGAGACAAAAUCCUGGCUCGACAUAACCAGUUCCGUAGUGAAGUAAAGCCAUCUGCUGCAAACAUGGUAGCUCUGCAAUGGAGCCAUGACCUUGCAGGUCUUGCGCAGAGGUGUUCUAACCGAUGCGACUUCGGCUUUAACUUCCGAAGUCUGGUAACAGAAUUUAGUAGUGUAGGCCAGAACAUCGCCCAGGUGUAUGCCGGCACUCUUGAUUCUAUAAUGGAUUCGUGGAAUAACGAGAAGGCUGAUUAUGACUUCGAAACCAACACCUGUUCCGCACUCUGUGCCCACUACACUGAGACACCGUAA